GAGCGAAAGGAAAACAAAAGCAAUCGUGAAUCAAAAGGCGCACGCGGCAAAAUGUAAAAACUUGCUUAUUGGUUUAUUUAUAACAGUUGCCGUCAUCGCACUCGCUUCGCAUUUUGGCCGAUUGCUCGCGCGUACCUCUUGCGUGUGUUAAUUAAAUUUAUUUCAGCCAUUUGGCAAUUGCUACGUAUAUUCCGACGGUAAUUAACCGACAGCCAGCAAAAAUCCAUAUUUUAUAUUGUAUACAAGAUUGAAAAAAUACGCGCUUGCAGUUUGCCGCACGAUUUCGUACAGUUGAGACGCGCGUUUUUUGUCGCUUCGGUUUAUUUUUGGGGAAUUUCCACUGCAGUCAGCGUACGAUGGUAUUGACGAAUUUCGAGUGCUGGGCACAUGGUGAUCCGACGACAGCCGCCACUUUCGAAACCGGAACACUACGUCCUUCAAUGGAUCCGUUUAAUCCACGAGACGUCACCUUUAUGACCGACGCCAACAACAAUAAUAACAACAAUAACAAUCAAAUUGAGGGGCAACCGAUGCCGGAAAACCUGCACCUGAGUGUCCUGCGCUGCAAGAAGCGUUUGAAUCCUGGUCAAACUCCUGACGAGGAUGCGGAUCUUGAACAGCCGGUGUACACCAAGAGAUGUCGCUACGAUGAAGCUGAUCUGGCUGCCCAGUAUUGCAAUGAUUUCUUUUCACUGCCUGCCACACAAGUAAUUGGAACACAGGCCUGCUUGAUGGAUUAUGAGAUGCAGGCCACCGGCGGCAUGAUGAUGGAAUCGGAGACAAGUUUUCCAGCGCAGCAGCAGCAACAUCAACAGCCGCAGCAGCAGCAACAACAUCAGCGCAUUAAUCAGCAUUAUCAAGAAUCCGCAGAGCAACGACCAUCGCAGCAAAAGUCAAGAAAAUGUCAAGAUCCCAUUGAGAAAAUCAAAAUAAAAUCAAUAGGCAGCGAAGCCGAGGCAGACCUGUAUAUAGCCACACAUGGCGGUUGUCUGCAUCACUUCAGUAAGCUCAGCAGGUCGGAGCUAGAGGAGUCUGAUAUAUGAACCAUAGACCAUAAGGCUAUCUGUAGCCACCAACUAACUCCGAAACGAACAUUGUAAAUCCUAACCUAAGUAGUCAUAUAAGCUCUCGCAUAUCGCAACUCCAAGGUGCUUAGAAAUAGUAUUUGAGUUCAAAUAAAGAAUAAGCUAUCAUUGCGAAGCUAAA